CCCUUUAUCAGACAUUGACUCCCUCCCAGCCCAGCCUGUCCCGGAGUAAGGUGGAGGGGGGAAGAGAGCUGGCUGCGCUGUUCCUCUAGCCCGGGAGAGCCAGGAAGAGCUAGGCGCUACCUGCCGCGCUGUGUCUCAGAAUCAAACCCUACAGCAGCCCGUUACCCCCGGGGGGGCGAAUGGCAGAGGAUAAGCGGAUGGAGCUCUUUGUGAAGGCUGGCAGCGAUGGACAGAGCAUUGGGAACUGCCCUUUCUCACAGCGACUCUUCAUGGUUCUCUGGCUGAAAGGGGUCACCUUCAAUGUCACCACGGUCGAUAUGAGGAGGAAGUUUGAGAACAAGUUCCUGGAGGAUCUGGCCCCUGGCACCCAGCCCCCAUUCCUGCUGUAUGACAACGAGGUGAAGACAGACACCAACAAGAUCGAGGAGUUCCUGGAAGAGAACCUCUGCCCUCCCAAGUACCCACGCCUGGCAGCGCGGAACCCAGAGUCCAACACCGCGGGCAGCAACAUCUUCUCAAAGUUCUCAGCCUUCAUCAAGAACCCCAACCCUGCCCAGAAUGACAUGCUGGAGAAGGGCCUGGUGAAAUCGUUGAUGUCCCUCGACAUGUACCUGAACACCCCGCUCCCGGAGGAAGUCGAUGAGAACAGUGUGGAGGAGCAGACCACUUCCACCAGGAGGUUCCUGGAUGGCAAUGAGCUGACCCUGGCCGACUGCAAUCUCUUACCCAAACUGCACAUCGUCCAGGUGGUUUGUCGGAAAUACCGAGCGUUCGAGAUUCCUCAGCAGUUCACCGGAAUUUGGAGAUACCUGAAGAAUGCUUAUGAAUGUGAAGAGUUUGCCCACACUUGCCCGAAGGACGAGGAGAUAGAACUCGCUUAUGCUUCGGUAGCCAAGCCCCUGAAGUGAGGACAGCGCUCGGGGUCUUCCCCCAGGGAAAUGCUGCAGGUCCACUGAACGAGUGAUGCCACAUUGUGCCAAACCCGGGCCUGUUCCAGUAGAUCCUUUCCCUUUUUUUAUUAUUCUCACUGUCCCAGAACUGUUUCCCCUCCACCCCAGAGCUCGGUUUUCUCCCUCUCUCCCUCUCUCUCUCUCUCUCUCUCUCUCUCUGCUUCCCUGAAAUCAGGUUUUGUUUGGGGGCUUCUUUGUUUUUUGGCCCAGAAUAAAUAAGAACUAUAUUUA